CGACUGAAUGUUGGAGGGAAAGUGGUGCAACCAGAAGAAACACUUUUUUUCGAUUUGGUAUAAAAGCAGAUAUGAUUCGUACCAAUCGAUACAAUUCGCAUUCAGUCUUUUGUUUAAUCCAAACGAAAACUAUAAUCAAAUUUUGAGAAAAUGAUGAAACUAAUUUCAACAAUUUUGGUGAUCGUUGGCUGUGUAUCGGCUAAGCCUGGUCACUUGGCAGCACCACUCGUCAGCGCACCACUAGUCGCAUCACCGUACGUAGCAGCAACGAGUUCUCAAGUCGUAGCCCGUAAUUACAACGGAAUUGCAGCACCGAUUGUAGCAGCCCCAGCAGCUCCACUUGUUGCGGCUCCAGCACCUUUGGCAUAUAGUUCACCAUAUGCAGCUUAUACUGCACCAGUAGCUGCUGCAUAUUCAGCCUAUUCAGCCCCAUUAGGCUACUCAGCCCCAUUUUCUGCUGCCUAUUCAACCCCAUUCUCUGCUGCCUAUUCAGCACCACUAACCGCAGCCUAUACAACAGGAUUUGCAGCAAGAUCACCAUACGCAUACGCUCCAUAUGCAGCAGCGUAUUCAGCUCCUGUCGUUGGUGCGGCACCAUUAAAAUAUACAGCUGCACCGGUUUUGCUCUAAACAUCUAAACGUGAUGCCCUAGUGUGAAAUUGAUUUCCAUUCAUUUUUUCGUUGUGAAUUUAAAAUAAAAACGGCCAUAGAAUUAAAU